AUGCGUGAAAUACUCAUAUUCACCAAAAAAUUGAUGGUGAUCUCGAUGGUCGUACAACAAGUGGGAACCUUUCCAAGCAUCUUACAGGCGGAAUUCUAUGCCAUUAGUCUGUGCGCUGAGAUCAAUCUUCGCAGGAAUUACCUAACACGCUAUACGACCACCCAAGCGCUUGCCAAACUGGAUUACAACACAGAUAAUAACGGACCAUGGGAGAAGAAUCCUGCUGUCGCCGUGAGUGCUGCUGGCAGCACCGGCGGCAGUAUUGGAGGCAUUGGCGGCGGCGCAAGUGGCCCUGGGUCGGGCACAAUGACGGCAGUGACAAGUGGCGCCAAUGCGCUUGGCAUUACAACAACCACCACAGCAACAGCCACACCAAUAGCCACCACUGUCGGUGCUGGCAUUAAGCCACUGCAACAGCAGUUACAACAACAAUUGCUGCAACAGCUGCAACAAAGGCAUAUGCAACAACAACAUCAACAACAUUUACAGAGCGCAGUCAGCGCUGGCGCUGGCAGUGUCGUCUCAGUUGGUGGCACCAAUAAUUCUGCCGCUGGCGGCCAUUCGCAUUUGCAUGCCACCCACUCACAUCCGCAUCAACAUACACACGCCCAUACACACGGGCAUGCACAUCAGCAUGUACACCAUCAAGCAGCUACUGUUGCACUAUUGCAGCAACAGCAAAAACAAUUGCAACAUCAACACUCGCAUCCGCCAUUGGCGCCACAUUCACAUCCACCGCUACAGCAUCAUGUUUCACUUGGCGGUGCUGGUAGUCAUCGCUAUCAGACGAUGAUGGCCGCUGUAGCACAACAACAACAACAACAACAGCAGCAGCAGCAGCUGCAGCACCAGCAACAACAACAAGCAAUGCAACAACAGCAGCAGCAAGCAAUGCAACACCAGCAGCAGCAGCAGCACCAUCAUCAUCGCCAACACUCUACACCGCAACAUCAUCGCUCUGCAUCACAACACUCUGCCGCCACUUUAAGGCGUCGCACACUCUCUCAUGUUUCACGUUCUUAUUCAGCAUCAGCAGCCGCAGCGGCCGCCGCAGCAGCAGCUGCUUCCUCCAAUGCAAAUGCAAAGAACACUAGUGGCGUGGGCGGUGGUGGUGGUGGCGGCGGCAGCAGCAGCAUACAUGUCAGCACCAGCGUGGAGCGAUCGCGUUGUCGAUCACCGAUGAUGUUAUGCCACAGUCACAGCGAUGGCGAGUUUCCCAUGUAUAAAGGCAAGAAAAGAAAUAGCAAUCUGCUGCUUUAUGUCUGCUACCAGCAGCAAUCAGUUUACCUGUAUAAAUGA